CGUUGAGUGGUCACCGUCCGCAAACCCGCGAAGGCUUCGACGCAACCGGCGAGAAUGUUCGGCUACGAGCGGGUGGAGAAGGGCGUCGGCGGCCUCGAUGUCGACCUCGAGGCCGGAGGCACGCUCUACCCGGGCCUCUCCCGCGGCGAGAACGAGCUCCGCUGGGGCUUCAUCCGCAAGGUCUACGGCAUCCUCACCGCGCAGGUGAUCCUCACAACCGCCGUCUCCGCCGUCACCGUCCUCCACCGACCCCUCAAUUUGGCCCUCAUCUCCAGCCCGGGACUCUCCCUCUUCCUUGCCCUCCUUCCCUUCGUCUUGUUGUGGCCAUUGUACCAUUAUCAGCAAAAGCAUCCACUAAACUUUGUGUUUCUUGGACUCUUCACUGUUUGUCUAAGCUUAAGCAUCGGCGUGGCCUGUGCUAAUACCCAAGGAAGAAUUGUCCUGGAAGCAUUGAUUUUGACCUCAGCUGUGGUUGCAUCCUUAACUGGAUAUUCUUUCUGGGCUUCAAGGAAGGGGAAGGACUUUAGCUUCCUUGGACCAAUUUUGUUUGUUAGUCUCAUUGUGCUUCUCCUGACCACUUUUAUCCAGAUAUUCUUCCCGCUUGGUCCAGCCUCAGUUGCAGUAUUUGGCGGCCUUGGGGCUCUAGUUUUCUCUGGUUUUAUAGUGUACGACACCGACAACCUGAUCAAGCGCUACACUUACGAUGAGUACAUUUGGGCAUCCGUUAUUCUGUACCUAGACGUUCUCAACCUGUUCCUUUCAAUCCUUAACAUGCUCAAAGGCAUGCAAUCAGAUGGUUAGGAGAAUCUCAAAUGGUAACUUCGAAGUAGAGUUGCUACUCCGACUAUAAAGUUUCGCGGAAGACAAUCAAACUUGUGUAUUGCAUAUGCUUGGGUCUAGACGUCUAGUAAUAUUUUGGAGUCAUGUUAAAGUGUAAGAGACUAUGCUGACAAUGGUGUUUAUGUGCGAUAUGUCGAUCGAACUGAACUCAGUCAUCACUUGACGUAAAUUAAAUUAUGGUUGACAUAGUCUGAAUAUAACCAUGUCAACCUUGCCA